AUGAAGAAGCCUGGUCAGGCGGAACCGCCAUCCAGCGCAGAAUUUUCAGACGAACCGCCAUCCAAAGCAUCGACCUUAGAUGACGACUGUGGAAAUCUUGGUGAGAGUACAGUGUUGUCGCCUGCUGGCRAUGAAUCUAUCACGCUGCCACCAGAUUAUGGAUUUCGAGACGAAUUCCUAGGAGACGUCCCUCGGACCACCCGCUACGACACUUCCAGCGAGCCGUGGUACUGCGACUAUAAUGUUCGCACUUCCAUGAUGCUGGCUGAGAAGAUUACGGUGUUUGAGAUUCACUCCGAGUUCGACCUUCACUUGGGCUCGGAUCUUGAGCGUGUUGCCAUGCUCACUGCCACGAACCCGUCUACCCCAGGAACAAUGCAUGCAAGAGGCGUAUGA